CAACCAGACGGGCGUGUGCAUGGUGCUAGAAGGAGACAACUGCGUGUUCGACGGGGUCAUCUACCGCAGCGGGGAGAAGUUCGAGCCCAACUGCCAGUACCACUGCACCUGCCGAGACGGGCAGAUUGGCUGUGUGCCCCGCUGCCAGCUGGACGUGCUGCUGCCGGGGCCCGACUGCCCGGCUCCCAGAAAAGUGGCGGUGCCGGGAGAGUGCUGUGAGAAGUGGACUUGUGGCCCCCCUGAGAACGGGGGCCUGGGCAGCCUGGCCCUUCCAGCCUACAGGCCAGAGGCCACAGUGGGAGUCGAAGUGUCUGACUCCAGCAUCAACUGCAUCGAGCAGACCACGGAGUGGAGCGCGUGCUCCAGGAGCUGCGGCAUGGGCUUCUCCAGCCGGGUCACCAACAGGAACCGGCAGUGUGACAUGGUGAAGCAGACGCGGCUGUGCAUGGUUCGGCCCUGUGAACCAGAGCCUGAGCAGCCCGUGGAGAAGAAAGGAAAAAAGUGUCUCCGCACCAAGAAGUCGCUCCACGCCAUCCACCUGCAGUACGAGAACUGCACCAGCCUGCUCACCUACAAGCCCAGGUUCUGCGGGGUCUGCAGUGAUGGCCGGUGCUGCACCCCCCACAACACCAAAACCAUCCAGGUGGAGUUCCAGUGCUCGCCAGGGCAGACCAUCAAGAAGCCAGUCAUGGUCAUUGGUACCUGCACCUGUCACACCAACUGUCCCAAGAACAACGAGGCUUUCCUCCAAGACCUGGAGCUGAAGACCAGCACAGGGGAAAUAUAAGAAACACCCACAGUAGCAAACUGUAGCCGCCGCUGACCCACCAUCAAAUGAAUAUAAGAAGAAAAAUGAAGAACCGUUCCUGCAUCCUCGAGUCCUGUGUAUUUUUCUGUGAUCAUAUGAGGUCACUUAUAUCUGUCUUUUGUUUAUUGAAGGAUAUUCAAACUGUAAACUUGGAAUCAAGGGAAGCUCAGGAUAUGGCUUAGGAAUGACUUACUUUCCUGUGAUGUUUAUCACAAGUGCAAAUUUCUGUACAUUGAAGAAGUAAAGUAUAGGAUUUCCUUUGUAGACUGUACCACUUGACACUUACCCUAAUUCAUGUGCACUAGUGCAAUUGCAAGGAAACGUCACUGUAGUGAAUGACAUGGUGAAGUCUAGAAUCACACUCAGUAUGUCUUCAUAUAAAUAUUACCCCGUAUCUGGAGCUUUGGCUUGGUGGGUCCCCACUGGGCUCCCUUUUGACAUAGGUCAGCUCUGUACUCAAAGCCCAAGACCCAAGGAAACAUACAGCUCUUCGAUGUGAAGUCAAGAGACUAUUCACUGUAUUCAGCUGUAUGCUAGGAAACAUGCUGUGCCUACAGCAAUGAAGCGUUUGCUAAUUAGGCGGACUGCAGUUAUGACCUUUCUGCAUUUCAAAUCAACCGACUCCUUUCCACUAGAAAGAAGCUCAGCAGAAAACUCCCAAUACAUAAACGACUGGGCCCUUGUGGCCCUCACACCUUUCUAUACUGUAGGCUGCCGAGGCUCACUAGUUUUUUAAUUUAGCAGAAGCAAAAGAGACAAGCAGGGUUCUUCUCUUCAGUGAGUAAACUAAGACCCAAAGCACUGAAUUACAACCUUUCAAGUGUGCUUUAUUUAGAAUUUUGAAAAAUAAGAGGGACAAAAUCAACAUGAUUGUGAUGGUGAAGAGCACAAAUUUCGUGAGAGUUUAGUAGAACUAUUUAGACAUGCUCCAAACAUAUCCUGGGGUUAUAAUUACGAAAACUCAUGAGCAACAUAUAUAUAUGUGUAUGUGUGUGUGCGUGUGUGUGUGUAUAUCUACUAGGUCAGGCUUACAUGAUAAGCUGCAAAAUUAAAUCUAUUCAUUCCUCCAAUGUUACCAUGUGUUCCUUUUUUUCUCUUUUAAAGUAUUUAUAAAAGUAUAAGUUAUGCAUUUUGUAAAAUAUUCUUUUUAAUGUCUCUGCUUGUCAGACAUGACCCAAAAGAGCAUGAUGUUAUCCAUGUGUGACUGGUACUACUUUUGUGCUUCCAAGUUUGGUAUGGUUGUUCACUGAAAAUAAAAAUUUAUAAAUUGAAUAAAG